AUGGUAUCAAUCCGUUUGGUGAAUGGUGCGACGCCAAACGAGGGCAGGGUGGAGGUGUGGCAUAAUGGCGCCUGGGGCACCGUGUGUGAUGACAAUUGGGACAUGAACGACGCCAAUGUCGCCUGUCGUCAGUUGGGCUACCCGUAUGCGACAAACGCCUACAGCUCAGCUACCCACGGUGCCGGAUCCGGGCCGAUCUACCUCGACGGUAUAAGCUGCACUGGUACAGAAGCUAGCCUUGACAGUUGUCCACACAACGGAUGGGGUGUAGAAGACUGCACCCAUAGCGAAGAUUCCAGCCUGAAGUGUUAUCCAAUGAUCCGUUUGGUGAAUGGUGCGACGCCAAACGAGGGCAGGGUGGAGGUGUGGCAUAAUGGCGCCUGGGGCACCGUGUGUGAUGAAAAUUGGGACAUGAACGACGCCAAUGUCGCCUGUCGUCAGUUGGGCUACCCGUAUGCGACAAACUUCUACGGCUCAGCUACCCACGGUGCCGGAUCCGGGCCGACCCACAUCGACGGUAUAAACUGCGCUGGUACAGAAGCUAGCCUUGACAGUUGUCCACACAACGGAUGGGGUGUAGAAGACUGCACCCAUAGCGAAGAUUCCAGCCUGAAGUGUUAUCAAAGUAGUAGCAUUCGUCUGGCGAACGGUCCACUGCCCAACGAGGGCCGUGUGGAGGUCUACUACAACGGUGCCUGGGGAACGGUCUGCGAUGACAAUUGGGAUAUCGACGACGGUCACGUAGCCUGCCGUGAACUUGGCUACCCGUCUGCUGCCCAGGUCUGGUCCUCUGCCUUCUAUGGACAGGGCACGGGGGCUAUACACUUGGAUGAAAUGGCGUGUAGUGGCAGCGAGGCUAGCCUAGGAGCUUGCGGCCACAAUGGAUGGGGUUCUCAUAACUGCGGACACUAUGAAGAUUCGAGUGUCAAGUGCAACCUGACCUAA